CUAUGUGGGUUACUUGUUUGAAUCAUGCUGUGUGAACUCUGAAGCAAUCUCUUCUGCUACUGCAACUGCAACUGCAACCAACCGCCCUUUACCUAACAAGAACAAGAAUAAAAAGGAAGGUUAGGUUAGGUUCGGUUGGUAUUUGUUUCAUUUCAGUUUCACUCUCUCCAUUUUGAUCUGCCGUGACCGACAUUUAUUUUGUGGGGGCUGGGAGCAGCUUGGGUAGCGGAGAUCUGGGUAUCUUUGCGAACCAAAUUAGAUCUCGGGACUCGAAUGUCUCUAAUCGAGAGCUGCUGUUCCUGUCGCUACUGCAAUUGCUAGGGUUUUUUAUUCAUACCGAUGACUACCAAACGCGCCUACAAGCUUCAGGAAUUUGUAGCACAUGCUUCUUCCGUCAACUGCCUCAAGAUUGGACGUAAAUCAUCCAGGGUUCUUGUCACUGGAGGUGAAGACCACAAGGUCAAUCUUUGGGCUAUUGGCAAACCUAAUGCCAUACUGAGUUUGUCAGGACAUUCAAGUGGAAUAGACUCCGUAAGCUUUGAUUCCUCUGAAGUCUUGGUAGCUGCUGGUGCUGCAAGUGGCACUAUCAAACUUUGGGACUUAGAAGAGGCAAAGAUUGUUCGUACUCUUACUGGUCAUAGGUCCAAUUGUACAUCAGUGGACUUCCAUCCUUUUGGAGAGUUCUUUGCAUCUGGUUCUUUAGACACCAAUCUUAAGAUAUGGGACAUCAGAAAGAAGGGUUGUAUCCAUACAUACAAAGGUCACACUCGAGGGGUAAAUGCAAUCAGGUUUACCCCAGAUGGACGGUGGGUUGUUUCAGGUGGAGAGGACAAUACUGUAAAGUUAUGGGAUCUGACUGCAGGGAAGCUCUUGCAUGACUUUAAAUGUCACGAAGGCCAGAUCCAGUGUAUAGAUUUUCAUCCCAAUGAGUUUCUACUAGCAACAGGUUCGGCAGAUAGAACAGUUAAAUUCUGGGACCUUGAAACCUUUGAGCUUAUUGGUUCAGCUGGUCCUGAGACAUCUGGAGUGCGUUCUCUUACUUUUAGUCCUGAUGGGAGGACCUUGCUUUGUGGUUUACACGAGAGUUUAAAGGUCUUCUCGUGGGAACCUAUAAGAUGCCAUGAUAUGGUGGAUGUGGGUUGGUCUAAAUUGUCAGAUCUUAAUGUUCAUGAAGGAAAACUUCUUGGCUGCUCAUACAACCAAAGCUGUGUUGGAGUCUGGGUAGUGGACAUCUCGCGUAUAGAACCAUAUGCACUUAAUAGUGUGAACCAUCUAAAUGGUCAUUCAGAAACUAAAUCCUCUGGAGGAAAUAUGACUGUUCUAAAUGAGAUCAGUGCUAAGGCUAGGCUAUCUGUUUCACAAAAUCCAGAUCAAUUACUAAAGGAAACGAGAUCUCUUGGGAGGUUGUCAGUUUCUUCUCAAGAUUCAGACCCCUUAAAGGAGGGAAAAUGUUUGCCAUCCUCAGGAAGUGCACCAAGUACUCCUCAAAGGAUUAAUUUGAACUCCGGUCCCAAAACAGUACCUGGUGGUUCAACCACAGUGGUUAAUACAACAGCUCAGAAAAGGAGUUCUUUGAAAUCUCACACAACAUCCAAUGUUCCAAUUGUCAAUAAAUCAGAUAUUAUACCUGUAAUUGUCCCCAGAGCAAGUGCAAGGUCAUCAGAGCCUGCAGCUGAUUCUAGAAAAGAAGUUGGAGUUGCUGGAAGAACAAUGCCAUUCCCCUUACAGUCGAAGGCAGCAGAUAUGCGUAAAUUUUCAAAUAAUAGAGAUGAUGUGGAUAAGCCCCUCCCUUCUCCUCUGACUGAAUCUGCAGCAUCUAAGAGCAGUGAAUUAACUGGUUUUGCAGAUAAAAAUAAUUUCCCCGCUUCUGUAAGCUCUACGCAAGACGAAGCUCGAAGCUUGAAAGUGAACAGGGAUGUAUGUUCUGUGGAAGUGCAAAAAGGAGGGAGAAUGCGGUCACUCCUCAAUUUAGAAAAGAGGGAACGACCUCUUAAUUAUGAAGGACCUAGACAAGGGAUUUCUCACGGACGGAUAUCAUCAGUUCAUGCGCUUCCUUUCAGUGGGAGAGCACAUUCUACUGAGAAGGCUACAGUUUCUGCUACUGAUGAAGAUUCCAUUGCUGAUGUGAUGGAACAACAUGAUGAAUUUCUCAGUUCAAUGAUGGCUCGUUCAGCUAAGUUACAGAUGGUCUUCAGAUGUUGGGAAAGGAAUGAUGUUAACGAGGUCAUUGGCAUAAUGACAAAGAUGGAUGAUCAUGCUGUGAUUGCGGAUGUUGUUAGCAUUAUAAUGGAAAAAAUUGAUAUCAUUACCCUUGAUAUAUGCACUGGUCUUCUACCACUUCUAACUGACCUUCUACAAAGUGAAAUGGAAAGACAUCAGGGAAUAUCCUUGGAAAUGCUAUUGAAACUGGUCAGAAUAUUUGGCUCGGUAAUUUAUUCAACUGUAUCAGGUCCACUACCCGUUGGUGUCGAUAUUGAGGCAGAGAAAAGGCUAGAACGUUGCAACCUCUGCUUCCCAGAACUUGAAAAAGUCAAACGUUUUUUACCAUCUCUUUCAAGAAGAGGAGGAUCAAUUGCAAAAUCUGCACACGAGUUGAAUCUGGCUUUACAGGAUGUUUCAUGAUCCUGUCCUGGCUCAAUGAUUUCUGUUGCUCAUGUUUUGCCGGUGCUUUUGGGGGUUUUGUGCAUUUUAAAGAUUUAAACCUCUGAACAAGCCAUCGAAUAGUUUGAUGCGUUGUCCUCGGGCGUCGAAAGAAGCCUUUUCAUGUAUGUACAUUUAUUGCCGGUAAAAGUUCAUGGAAAUUGAUUAGUGGAGGCACUGAUAACUGCUAAUUCUGCGACAUAUACUCGAAAAGCUUGAGACAUGUCACCUUCUACUGAUGGUUGCACAGCUGACUUUAACCAGUCGUCAUCUGCUUCAUCCGAAGAUCUAAGUAGUCCAUUCCACAACUAACCCAAUAUGUGGCGCAAGAUACUUACUACCUGUCUAAUUUCAUUUCGAAAUUUCAUGAUUUUUGUUAUGGUUCUUUAAGUGCCGUUAUGCAUAGUGUAUUUGUUGCAUAUUCUUGUAUGAUUUUCUUUCAAUGAUUUUGCUUGAACAUGACAAUGGUGUAUCAUAACCAUUCAAAAUGAUAAGGAAUAUUUAUGAAUUA